AACUUCCGCUACGUAAUACCAGCUGUUGUGGCCAAGAUGGCGCAUAGCCCGACAGAGUUGGAGAGUUCCCUGGACGCCGACCAAGCUGGGGAACAAGUCAGAGGGAUUUUGAGGCGCUGCAGAGGACGACCCAGACUCACAGACUCUGACCGGGCUCAGAGACGCCUCGAAUCCCGAAAGAAGUACGACGUGCGGAGGGUUUACCUAGGAGAGUCACAUAAGCUGUGGAGUGAGCUCCGCAGACGGACCAGCCUGAGUGAUGCGGGAUUGGCAGAGUAUCUGAUCCUGCUCAACUCUACAUAUGGAGACAAAUACCAGCAGAAAUACAGCGGGAAGAAGAUUGCUCCUGAGGUCUCAGUGAAACAGAAAAAGGGCAGGAGGGAGCGAGUGUCAAACCUCCAGAGCCUGGUUUGUUGGUACCAGGAUCACUGCCACUCCUGUCCCCACGAGCCACAGCUCAAAGCUCUAGAGCCCCAGCCCAAUUUCUCCACUGCUGCUCUCUGGCAAUGUGAAUCAAACCACUCGUUUGUGCAGUACCUUUUCUCACCUCCAAGGGAGGCAAGUGAUUCAGAGCAGGAGGAGGAGGAGGAGGAGGAGGACGAGGGUGUCAACAGCGAUGACAAUGCUGAAAAGACAGAAUUGGUUGCAGCUAAAGGCACAGAGAGCAGGAGGAGAAGAAAAGAGACUCACAAACAAUUCAAAGAUGUGGAUGAAAACGUGGAUGUUCCUGAGGAACAACAAACAACCACAAGCCCAAUCAAAGAAGAUGCGGCUCUAAACCUCCAGUCCAGUUCAGAGGCUCCUUCCAGGGAUGUUCCACUUAUAGGGCAGGCUGUGUGGGAGAUGGAGAUGGAGAUGGAGCAACAACAAGGCUCCCCCUCUUCAGCAUUUCACUCCAUUCCCUCAGAAGGAGAGGCUGAGGAUCUGGGACAAGACAGUGAUGCUGGGGAAGAGGAAGAAAUAAGGACUACACCAGAUAAUUAUGAUUGUGUUACCAUGACAACAGCCUUAGCUGACAAACAGGAGAAGACAGAUGAGGACCCGGUGCUGUCACAGACCUUGAGUGGCUCUGUGGAGCUGAGUGCUCAGACAGUCCCAGCAUCCGUGCAGGAGCAGAGUGAGCUGUUUGACCCCCAGACUGUGCAGACGGUAGUGAGCAACUGUGAGAUACCUGAGCAGAGGGCGGCUUUGGAAGGCUCACAGUUAAUUAUCAUCACCGGCUCCAGUUAUGAGGCGCUCGCGUCAGAGGGAAUCCAGCUCAAUGUGGGUGGUGGAGACAUGGAGGAAGUCACAUGCACUGUCAUCGGGGGCGUCGCCUACAAUCAGGUUUGCGCUUGCGACUCAAAAAUCAGGACGGCAGAGGAUGAAGACUCCAUGACAGGUCUGAGUGACAAACAGCUGCUGCAGCCCACAGAUGACGCUCUAGAGCUGAGUAGUGACAGAGAACUGCAGCGGAGCAGUGUCAGGUCAAAGAGGAGCAGACGAGGCCCAGUCAUCGAGGCUGACGGGAUGCUGAAGAUGUUCCACUGCCCGUACGAGGGCUGCAGUCAAGUUUAUGUAGCUAUUAGCAGCUUUCAGAAUCACGUGAACCUAGUUCACAGGAAAGGGAGGACCAAGGUUUGCACUCAUCCAGGCUGUGGGAAAAAGUUUUACCUUUCAAAUCACCUGCAUCGCCAUAUGAUCAUCCACUCAGGGGUGAGAGAUUUCAUCUGUGAGACGUGUGGAAAAUCGUUUAAGCGUAAGAAUCACCUGGAGGUUCACAGGCGGACGCACACGGGGGAAACGCCACUUCAAUGUGAAAUCUGUGGCUACCAGUGUCGCCAGCGUGCGUCUCUGAACUGGCACAUGAAGAAACACACUUCAGAAGCCCACUACAACUUCACCUGUGAGUUCUGUGACAAGAGGUUUGAGAAGCUGGAAAGUGUUAAAUUCCACAAGCUGAAGAGCCACCCAGAUAAACAGGCCACCUGAUUAUGCCUGACUCGACUGCUGACCGAAGCUACGGUUUGGCCCUCAGGAACCCGAAGGAAGACUUCCAGUGAAGGGAGAGACUUUCCUACAGCGGGGUUGUCUUGCCUCUCAUGUCCAGGACGUCGAGGACUGUCCACCAAACCGUGGACAAGUGCAAGAGUGAGCCACUUUGACAGCUGUGCAGGACACUGCUUAGUCUACUGCACAUUAAUGAUGACCAACUGACCAGUCUGCUGAACUACGCUCGUUCAAUCAUGGUUAAAAAAAAACAAAACAUGUAAAAACAUGACCAAGCUCAGCAGCUCUUACAAGUGUUGGAUCUUGAAGUGAACAGCUGUAAUAAGAGGAACUGGUGCUGAAGUUUAUUACCUUCAACUGCAUUGUGUCCCCUUUAUACCUGAUGUUAGAUUAUGUUUCCUGUGAUCAGAUCAGUGCUUCAGCACGUGCAUUCACAUCUGGUAUUAACAUCCGUCACCAGUGCCCACAUCCUUUUGCUAUCUGACCACGAUCGCCCCACCCUUGCAUCACCUCCCACUCUUCUUCAACAGCAGAAUACUGCUUCACAUCCUGUGCGCUACCAUCAGUCAACUUCAACGAGCAGAAAACUGACUGUGGAGUUAUGUCGCCACUUUCACGUCAGCUGUGCUCGGAGACGCCAACAUAGGAGACGCAUCAGAGACUCGCUGCAUUUACACUUCUGUUCAAUGUGGUCACAAUCCAUCUCCGACCACCUCCCGAAGUGGUUUGGCAGAUCGGAUAACAAUCCAUCCUCAGUGUGUCCUGUACUUACAAGUGGUCAGGUGCUAUCAGAUUGUAUUUGGAUCACAGUAAAUGCUUUUUAAUGCCAGAUUUAAAGGAGGCCAAUAUGUAAAACUGUGCCUGGUUACAGGUUGUGCUUCACUGACCAAUCAUAUCAAAGAUGUAAUUAUAUUCCUUGUGAACAUUCAUCACAACAGCCUUUUUAUUUACUAUAACUUCACAAAUACAACAUGAUGUUUAAAACUAUUAACAAUAGUCAGCCACUCUUGUGUGUUUGAGUAAACAGGAGCAAAUGUUCAUAUAUCGAUAUGAGCUAAAAUGCAGGGCUGUUUCUUUAUUCCUGUGUCUUACACAUGGAUCAUCCUUCGAUAAGGAGACUGACCUUUUGUGUGGGUCAUGCAGCUUUAGGCCUGGGCCAUUCUUUCGUGUCCACUAGAAUCUUGAAAGUCUGCCUGAUGUAAAGGUCAUCAUUCCCAUUUCCACUGUGGUCUGUGCAGACCAGACCAGUCUCCACAGCAUCUUGUUUUGGUCCUAAGAGACCUUGAGAACAUUAAUGUGAGGAGGUCUGCCAGUGUGCACCUCUGACACAAUGACCAUGGCCAUUUACAGUGUCCUUGUGUUAACUCAUGUCAGUGUGAAGAAUUAAAAUGUUGACCAGGGAA